AUGUAUGUCUGGCCUGGGGUGGUCCGAUGGGCUCGGAAUCUCUCGAGCCUUCCGCUAACCCCCGCAGUGACAGACGAGGAGCGCGCAACCUACACCCGCGUCAUCGACGGCGUCCUUGCCUUGGUGGAUCUCGAGACGGUGACCCGCAAGAAGAUCCGCCAGCGUCUAGAGGAAGCCGUCGAUAAAGACCUCAGCAGCCAAAAGGAUGCCAUCAAGAACCUAAUCGAGGCCCGCUUCGACGCCAUCUCGGGCGUCGUCGCCCAAGUGCCCACUCCGACAUCUGGCACCAACGACACCAACGACACCAACGACACCAAUGGCCACGCGCCCUCCGAGGACGAGGUGCGCGGCGCCGUGAUCGAAGUCUCGCUGCCACCAGCGACCAAGAAGCAGAAGCGGGAGAGUUCGAGCGAGGAAGCCGACGCCCGCCUAGCUGCCGAGCUACAGGCGCAGGAGAACCGGCUCUCCCGUGGCCGGGUGACGCGCGGUGCCGGCACAGCCAAAUCCGGCAAGCCCAAGGCCAAACCCAAGGCCAAGCCGGCCAAGAAGAAGAGCGCCAAGCGGGUGCGUUCCGACGACGACGAUAGCAACGCCGACGACUCGGACGCCAGCGGGAAACCGAAGCGCAAGGCCGGCGGCGGGUUCCAGAAGCCGUUUAACCUCAGCCAGCCGCUGGCCGAUGUGUGCGGGGAGAGCCAGCUAUCCCGUCCCCAAGUAGUCAAGAAGCUCUGGGACUACAUCAAGGGUAACAGCCUCCAAGACCCCAGCGACAAGCGCCAGAUCCUCUGUGACGACAAGCUCCACGCCGUCUUCAAGCAGGAUAAAAUCAACAUGUUCUCCAUGAACAAGCUCCUCGGGAACCAACUCUACCCCGUGGAAGAGUAA